AUGUUAGACCAGAACAAAUUCACAGAACUUCCAUCUUCGAUUGGUAAUUUGACUUCGUUGAUUACUCUCAACUUGGGAGAAAACAACAUCCAUGGAAGCAUACCUCCCACUUUGGGCAACUGUCAUAGCUUGUUGGAAUUAGACCUUUAUAAAAAUAAUUUCAAUGGUUCAAUACCCCCUGAAAUUAUGAGUCUCUCCUCCAUUUCAACAUCCCUCACGUUAGAUCACAAUGCACUAACCGAUUUUCUUCCAUCAGAAAUCGGGUCUUUGAAAAACCUUGCAAACAUGGAUGUGUCCUAUAAUAAAUUAUCAGGACCCAUACCAAACACUCUAAGCAAUUGUUUGAGUCUGGAAUGGCUUCACUUGGAGGCUAAUUCAUUUGUGGGAGAGAUACCUCAAGGUUUAAGAUUGAUGAGGGGUUUAAGAGUGUUGGAUCUUUCACACAACAAUUUGUCGGGCAUGAUCCCAAGUUAUCUAGGUGAGCUUCAACUAGAUAUGUUGAAUUUGUCUUUUAAUAUGCUACAUGGACAAGUUCCAAUACAAGGAGUGUUUCAAAAUGGGAGUACAGUUUCAAUUGUUGGAAAUAAUGAGCUAUGUGGAGGUAUUGCAGAAUUAGACCUUCCUCCUUGUCCAUCCUCCAAAUCAAGAAAGAAUAAGCUAUCUCACAGGAUGAAAGUUAUCCUAGUGGUGGUUGGUCUUGUGAUACUUUUAUCGUUGUUUGUUAGUUUCUUUAUAUUUUUUCAACGACAUCAUGUUUCAAAAAAGAAGACCUCUAGCAUGCCAUCAAUCAAACAACAAUUUUUGAGGGUGUCUUAUGCAGAGCUUCUCAAAGCCACCAAUGGAUUCUCAGAGGCUAAUCUAAUUGGUGUUGGGAGCUAUGCUUCAGUUUACAAAGGGAUUCUUGAUCACGUUCAGAUGGUUGUUGCAGUGAAAGUGCUCAAUCUUCAGACUAGAGGAGCUUCUAAGAGCUUCAUGUCAGAAUGCAAGGCACUAAGAGCCAUAAGACAUCAAAAUCUAUUGAAAAUUUUGUGUGUUUGUUCCAGUGUGGAUUUCCAUGGUAAUGAAUUCAAAGCCCUGGUAUAUGAAUUUAUGGCCAAUGGAAACUUGGGCAAUUGGUUGCAUCAAGUCGGUGUUGGAGACAAUGAGCAACUAGAAGAUCCUAGAAAUCUUAAACUAAUCCAGAAGAUGGGCAUUUCCAUUGAUAUUGCCUCUGCACUUGAGUAUCUUCAUUGUGGUUGUGAGUCAACAAUUAUUCAUGGUGAUCUAAAACCAAGCAAUGUUCUUUUGGAUGAUGAGAUGAUAGUCCAUAUUGGAGAUUUCGGGUUAGCGAAAAUUAUUUCUACCGUUUCAAGUGAUGUGGCACAAGGUCAAAGCAAUUCAAUUGCAAUAAGGGGAACCAUCGGCUAUGUUGCUCCAGAAACAAUGGAGAUGGUGGAUGGGAUGGUGGACGUGGAUAUGGUGGAAGAGGCCGAGUUAGGGGAAGAUGCCGCGGUUUUCUUGGACGUGGAAGAGGCUAUGGUGGUAUGGAGUGGCAACAAGACUUGGGUGGUUACAAUAACUAUGGUGGAUCAGGGGCACCGUUUGCUCAAGGCCGUGGUAAGUAUAUUUAUAUGUUUUUCAUUCCAAAUAUUUCUCUCUACUUAA